UCCAGGAAGCAAAAGAUACAUUACUAAGAACUGCAGCAGCAAGGAUGCUUGGAAAAAAGGUCCCAGAAGAAAUAUUACACGACCCUUAUGCGCUAGCUAUCUAUGAGAAAGCUUUGCAAGCCGGUAAAGAAAAGGAUAAAUCCAUUCGGGUAAACAUAGUCGGUAACUUCAGACAAGGUAAAACGACAUUAAUGAGAAGGUUGUUGGGGCAAGAAAUCAGAGACAUUACAAGUACAAAUGGAAUAGUUGUGGAACAGUAUAGAUGCAAGGAAACUAACGAUGGAACAUUGCAUUACACCAAAGCAGACGACAUUGAUACUUCGGAAUAUGUCCAGCGUUUAGUUUCGGUUGCUGUAAGUGAUGGGCUUAUAGAAGAAGAAGUGCAAGUUAAGUGUUUGUUGCAACAAACUAUAACAGGCGCAGAAACCUCAAAAGAACCUAUGCAAACGACUAGUGAAGAUUUAGCCCAAAGUACAGAUACUAAAGAUGUAAUAAAUAAUUCAUUAAGCAAAAGUGAAACAAAAGAAGGUAAUCAGAAGACAUCUUCAUUGUUAUCCAUAGAAGAAAAGGGUGUGUUUGCAAAAGCUCUGAAGACUAGUCAGCCAUCCUUACAAAAAGAAAAAGAGACUGUGUUUGAUAUUUGGGAUUUUGGUGGACAGUACAUUUUCUAUGCAACUCAUACAAUCUUUCACAGCAAAAGGGCAAUUUAUAUUUUGGUGUUUGACUUGUCAGUUGGCUUGAACCAAAUUGUCACUGAGGACAAGUUUCCAACAGAGUCGGAAAGUAGAGAUAUGAAAUAUUUCAUCAAUUUCUGGAUGAAUUCCAUUCAUUCGUUUGUUGGAUCCGAAGAUGGCUUAUUACCAAAGGUUAUCCUUGUAGGUACUCACAAAGACAAGCUGAAAGGAACGAAACACGAAAAAGAAAUAUAUAUCAGGAAGUACUUUGAAGAGAUCAGAGAAAUGUUUGAUGGAACAAGUUUGUCAAACCAUAUUCAUUUUGACGAUUUUGCUGUUGAUAAUACUAAUGCGAAAGAUACUUCAAUCAUAAGAAUUGGAGAUGAACAGUCAGAAACUUUUGAAAUACCACUGAAAUGGAUUCAGCUGGAGAAGUCAUUACUGGAAAGGAAACACCUAAAGCUUAUCUCAAUAAAGUUUGUCUUGGCAAUCGAUUUUGAGAAUGAAUUUCCUUUGAGUGAUAAGGAAGAAGUCAAAUUAUUCCUUCGUUACCAUCAUGCAAAAGGGACAUUUGUUUAUUUUGAUGAAGAGCCAAUAUCAGAAUAUGUUGUGCUCGAUCCACAAUAUCUCAUAGAUACAUUUAAAUGUAUACUCACAAGUGAACGUUUCUGCACAAAUGAACCAGAACUCCGCCCACUUUGGAGAAUGCUACUCACGGAGGGAAGACUUGAAAGACAACUGAUUGACCGGCAGUGGGGAAAACCUGAAGACAAAUUCAAAAUGUACAGAGAAAACAAAGAAAUUCUAUUGUCAUUUCUUGUGAAACAUCACAUUAUAUCAGAAGCUGCAGCUUUUGAUGAAAACACACACAAGUCAACAGGACUAGGGUGGUUUGUUGUCCCCAGUCUCUUGGCAGAUCAGUCAUCGAGAACAGAAUUUCACAAAUUUCUCAGUGGAAAGCAACAGACAAACGUUCGUUAUGUGAUAUCGUUCGACUGUUCGUCAAUUGCUCCUACAAUUUACCAUCGCUUGGUAUCAGCAGCAAUAGGUAAGUGGCCUAUAGCAAAAGCUGGCAAGAAAACGUUAAUUUACAAAGACACCUGUGUAGUUCGGUUGAACAUUGAUCAUGCUGGAAUAGCUGAGAUGAAAAAUAACAUGAUCGAGAUGACAGUAGUAAGUCUUUGUCCUUCAACAGGUAUAAACGGUGAACAAGCAGACAAUUUCCGGCGAUUUUCUGAAGCCGUAAUUACAAAUGAAUUUCAGAAAUUGCGGAGUGCCGAGGACAUCCACACAAAACCAUACACUAUUUGGUUUAGAUGUAAUCAUCAGAGUCAUGGCUUAAACGGUAGUGAAAAUCUAAAUGCAAUGAAGGAAAUGGAGAAUAGAAAAUUUGUUCCAUGUCCAGACUUAAUGACUCAUGAUGUCAACGUUGACAAGGCGAAGGAAGAGUGGUUUCAAGAUAACAGGAAAAUAGUAGUUAUUCCAGACAGCCAGUUGACUGACAUAUUGCUAGGCAACAUAUUACAGUGCAUCGGUAACAACUGGCAACUACUUGGUCUUGAACUAGGGCUAUCACAUGUUCAGAUAGAACACAUUGUCGAAGACCAUCCACAUAGUGCAGUCAUGAGAAUAUACACAAUGCUUCAAACCUGGUGUCGGGAAGAUGAAGAUAAGGCAACGCUGAGAGCUCUAGUUGAGACAGCGCAAAGAUGUCCGCAAGUGAGCGUUGACUGGGACAAAUUGAGAAACAUCCUAGACAGAUUACAUUAAGAUAUCCUCACAAGAGCUUUGAUUAGCAUGAUUAGGGCAUAUUGAGAAAUGUCUUAGAUAAAUUGCAUUAAUAAUACCUUAGGUGAGCACUGAGUAAAACAAACUAAAAGCUGUCAAAAAUAAUCGUAGUUAAUAUGUUCUUACGUUUCAGUUGGGUUGGAAAAAUUUAAACAUCCAAUAAACAGACUGAGUUAAGUCCGUACUAUAGCCCUCAUAAACUGAAUAAACUGAAUUUACACUAUAAAUGUGACAAAUUAAUGAAAACAUGUACUAAAGGAAGGAUUACCUUUGCUUCCUGAUGUUGGAAAGUGGUUGUUUCUUUCUAUUUUAUGCUUAGGGUGUCGAAGACCUUGAAGGAAUGCAGUCCGUCUGUUCAUCCAUCCUACAUGCGAUACGUUGGUUGAUGCAAAUCAACCUCUUGGAAAUAGUGUGUCAUACAUUCAUUUUGUAUAUUGGGAAAACAUU